UCAUCAUGGAAAUGUUAUGAACUCUUUCAUCUAUAGUGUCGGGUAAAGGAAGAACAUUGCUUAUAAAUAAAAUAAUAUAAAAUAAAAUAAAAUAAAAUAAAAAUAAAAACAUAUAUAUAUAAUAAAAUAUGUCAUAUGUCUUUUUGUUGUUUAAAUUUCCUUUAAUCGAGUUAACCCUUCAGACGCCGCGCAUCAGGUCAGGUAGCUCUUUUCUUUGCCGAACGAUAGAAAGCCGAUCACUGCCCUGCAUUCAUUCAUGACCAGCGUGUCACAUUACAGGUCGCAGCUCCACUUAAUCCACUUUUUCUCUUCUCUGUGAAAUCAGCCAGAGAGUUUUUAAGUUCCGCCCACCCUCCAUCUCACCCAAAACACAUUCUUAUCUCAAAAAAAAAAAAAAAAAAAAAAGUGAGUCUUUAAGUGGAUGUUGUCAAAUCCCUGUUGUCAUUUUUGUCAUCUAUUUUAAUCCUAAUCCCAUCAGCGGCUUUUAAUUUCAGUUUUAAAAACUGAAAUUUAUAUAUAUAUAAAAAAACAACCUCUUUUGGUUAAAAUGAUGAAAAUUGUUUUUAGAAAAUGUUUAGCUCCCCAUGAAAUAAAAUAGAAAUAUAACUACUGUAUCUCUGUAUUGUCUCCCAUAAUGUUAUUUUUUCAUGAUAAUUUAUAAUUUUUUUGAAGCUUUUUUUCUCAAACAUUUGUUCAAACAUAUAAAUAUUUUAAACAUUUUCUGAAUUUAAAAAAAUGAAAAUAACUUGAGAAAUAAUUUCACAUUUUACAGUGCGACUGGUUGGAGCCUGGUAUGGAACCCUCUCAUGUCAACAGCAGAUAAUACCUGAGUAUUUCCACAAAAGAACAGCUAAUUUCCAUGCUCCCGAUUGGAUAGAACUAUGUAUAUGAGAGGAAAUCUUCGAGAGAAUCACACUGUUUGAUGGCCAUACCUGAGUGUGGAGGAAUGUAUGUCAUGUAUUAGUUAAUGUGCAGGUGUGUUCAAGUGUGCGUCCUCUAUAAUAGAUGAGCUGGGUAUCAGCGUGUCAUUCUAACCCUCUCGCCGGGAGCCGAGGAAAGGAAAAACACAUGAAUAAUUGAGCCCAAAUCAGUUGACUCGGCCCUUCCUACUCUCAGCCCACGCUGGAUUUUCCUCACAACUUCUGGAUCUCUGCGAAGGAAAAGGAGUUUUGUGGGUCAAAGAUCCUCGAAGGGAGUUUGCAGGACGGAGGAUGAUGGUGGUACCAUGGUGGCCCCACUGACAGGGCCGGCCCUCCUCCUUGUGCUCAGCUUUCUCUGCGGCUUCGUCUCUGCACAGAAGAUCAAUGUCAAAGGAGAGGUGGUCUACCAGGACACCCGAGUGUCCGGGGUGGUCAACAAAGCUGUGAUUCUGGAGUGCGGCCCCACCGUGCCCGACAUGUACAUAUGGAGCUUCACCAAACCCGGCACUGAGGUGAUAAAAGCCGUGGUGUACGAUCUGGGAAAAGGUCCCCGCUUCCAGAAACUGGCCCAGACUCUGGGUCAAGUGAGUCUCAUCUCCAAGAGUGCAGCGGUCAGCAUCGAGAAACUUCCUGUGGCCGCACAGGGUCUGUUCACCUGUCAGGCCAUUUAUGACAUUGAGGAGGACCCGAAAAUCUACUACUACUAUGUUCAUCUUACAGUCCAGGUUCCUGUCACGAAGCCGUACCUGCUGGUCAGUGACGUGUCUCCGGUGGAAGGCUCCACCUUGUGGAUGCGCUGUAAUCUGGACAACGGAACCGGGCCCAUCCAGUACGUGUGGCAACAUGAGACCCGCGUGGGAAACACCUCGACGUUUGCCCACAGCAACACCAGCGUGGUCAACGUGACGGACGUCAACCGCAACCACACCGGCUGGUACCGAUGCUUGGCCCAAAACCCGGUCAACAGCGAGCUCUCCGACCGGAUCUGGCUGGACAUCAUCUUCGGGCCGGACGUCCCUCAGAUCGACGUGACCCCGUACACGGUGAACGAGCGCGGCUACUCGGCGCUGGAGAGAGAGACGGUUUCCUUGCUGUGUCAGGCCCAGUCCAAUCCGCCCAGUCAGUACGUCUGGUUCUACAACAACUCACAGGUCUACAGUGGACCCCAGUUCACCAUCACCAAGAUCCUGCGCAUGCACACUGGCGACUACGCCUGCCUGGCCCAGAACACCUACCUCAACACCCGCUCCAAAAAAACCAUCAGCCUGACCGUCUAUUAUCCACCUGACGGGGCCCCCGGCUGCUGGCUGGAGCCGGCACUCAAUCACACCUCUCUAAAACUGCUCUGCUCCUGGACGGGCGGGUUUCCGUCUGCUUCACUGAGAUGGGACGGAGACCUACGCUUGGAAGGGCAGCAGGUCCAAACUAGGGAGCAGACGCUGACAAACAGCGGCGUCUUUCGGCCAUUGGGGGGCGCAGCGACUAACAGCAGCUCCUUUAUGUGCCUGGGUUCUCAUCCUGCACUGGCACAGUCCCAACAGUGCACCGCCAGAUCAUACAUCCCUCCAGCAGAGCCGGUCUGCUUCGCCUUUGUGACCAACAGCAGGGAGUACCUGAUGCUGUCCUGCUCCUGGGACGGAGGAGCCCCUAAGGCUCUGGUGUGGUGGGAGGGUCCUGGUGGUCAAGGCAAGGCUGGCCAGGAGAACUCCAACAUCCUGGUGCUCCGUUACGGAACCGCCCGCAGUGGCAACCCCUACACCUGCCAUGCCAAACACCCCUUACUGGUCAACACAAAGACCUGCAGACUUACCCUCGAGGCUCCGGUGUUGCUGACUCAGCGGCGGGUUGUGUCAGUGCUGGAGGGCAGUGACGUGCAGCUGACCUGCAGCCUGAGAGAGAACUACCUCCCAGCCAAUGAGAUCACCUGGUUCAACAACCAGGGCGUCAACGUGAAGGACACGUCCAAGUACCAGCUGAGGAGAACUUCGGCGUGGGCCAACCUGACGGUGCGGGACGCGGACGAGGCCCUGGACAGCGGCGAGUACCGCUGCACCACCUCCAACGCGGUGGGAGGGACGGAAAUCAACGUCACCCUGGUUGUCAAGAGGCACCCCAUGCCUCCGAACGCCACCCUGGUAAACGUCAUGUACAACAGCCGCCAGCGGAACGAGGUGGAGCUGGAGUGGGUGGUGGAAGGGACGGCGGGCUGGACGGGCUUCAUCCUGGAGCACAGAUGGGUGUCGGAGCGACCCGGGAGAAGAACCGCAGGCAACGCCACAGAGGGCAGGAUCAGUAACACCUGGUACCACAACGCCAUCCAAGAUCCAGACGUGAGGUUUCACACCGUCGGGAGUCUGACCCCGACGGUCACCUACCAGUUCCGGGUCACGCCCGUCAACCACCGCACCCUCGGACUCCCGUCUGAGGCCAGGACACCAGCCGAACCCCGCUACAACUCCUACCCAGCCGUGAUCGGAGCAGCCAUCGGAGGGAUGCUCUUCGCAGCCAUCGCCACGGUGCUGCUGCUGAUCUACAUCAUCCGAAACCGCAACAACAACCCGAGGUUACACGACUUGCUGUUCGGCCUGCAGCACAGCCAGUCGAGAGAAAACAUCAACUUCCCAGAGGAUGAAGUGGUCAGUGGGACAGAGGGAGGGAUCGAAGAAAUCGCUGGAGCAUCCACUUCAGCACCAGCGUUGGCUUUGCCUCGAGCGGCGUCGCCACUCACCACCCCGGCGCAAAGUGCCACGCCCCCCACUGCACCACCGCUUCCACCUGGAGACGAUGAACCAGUCAGCGUCACCAUCACCGUCAAGGCAACCGGACCCUAGUUUCCUAGUCAUCUUCAUCGCUUUUCACGUUACGCCCUCUCCUAGAACCACCAUUUACAAAGCUGU